UCUAAGCAGGGAAUGUUUACACUGUAUGACAGUUCUUGUGAUUUUCUCUCUUUUUUAAGGUUGCAUUUCUACGAAUUCUCGUCACUGAUAAAUAAGAUUUCAUUUUCCGUCACAGACAAUGUCGGAAUCUUAUGAUUUUCUUUUCAAAUUCCUGGUGAUUGGGAGUGCCGGGACUGGCAAAUCAUGCCUUUUGCAUCAGUUUAUAGAGGGAAAAUUUAAGGCAGAGAGUAAUCACACCAUUGGCGUAGAGUUUGGCUCGAAAAUUGUCAAUGUUGGAGGCAAGUCAGUCAAGCUGCAAAUAUGGGACACAGCCGGCCAAGAACGAUUCAGGUCUGUCACUCGUUCCUAUUACCGGGGCGCUGCAGGGGCCUUAUUGGUGUACGAUCUGACUUCUCGAGAUAGCUACAAUGCCCUUGGAAACUGGCUGGGAGAUGCCCGCACACUGGCCUCUCCUAACAUCAUGAUUCUGUGUGUGGGAAACAAGAAGGAUUUGGAAGAAGAGCGACAAGUGACCUUCAUGGAAGCAUCAAGGUUUGCACAGGAGAAUGAAUUGAUGUUCAUGGAAGCCAGUGCACUGACAGGAGAAAAUGUAGAGGAAGCAUUCCUUAAGUGUGCUAAGAGCAUUUUAGCCAAGAUUGAGACAGGAGAGCUGGACCCAGAAAGGAUUGGCUCUGGGAUUCAGUAUGGGGAUGCCACUCUUCGCCGCCUUAACCGUGCAAAUAGUCAGCGCUCGAAAGCUGGAGCCGAGUGCAUGAGUUCCUCAUGUAGGAUUUGAAGGCUGAUGAGUAGGUAUAUGUAUGUUUGGACCCUAUGAGAGUUUGUUAUGGCAAAGAUUGUUUAAAUUUGACCAGUUUGAUUGUGGAGAUCUUCAGAGGGCAAUGUGCUACACUACAGUCAGAUAUGAAAGCAUUAGCAGUAUGUUUUAUUCUGAAUAUUAUGUGACAGAGAGCAUUAUUUUUGUGGUGGAUCACAAGCAGUGGAGAAAUGUCUUGUAAUCAACACUAAAAUUAUUUAUGAUGUAAACCUGAAAGAGUACAUGGUAUCAAUACUUAGUUUUAUUUUUUCAUUUGCAUUGUUUAUGUAUUGUGUAAGUGAAUGCAAGGGGAUAUUUUCAUUGGCUUUUAUCUUAGUAAUAAUUGGGGCCAAUUUCUAAUCAGGGAUAAAUUUGCUGUGCAUUGUUUUUCCCCUUUGAAAUGCAAUAUUUUAAAAAUGUUCUUUUUGAUCUGUCUUUUCCUUUAUUAUUUUCAUCAUUCAGCUAUAAAUAUCUAGAAAGAAGAUUGAAUGUAUUUGCCUUAAUUCACGAAAACUUUUUAUUGCUUCUUGUUUACAAAGAUAUUUUUUUCAUAUUGUGUAUUUUACCUUUUCAGUCAUUUUCCCGUGUAAGCAUGAAAUAUUUUGUGUAUAUAUAGUCAAUAGAUAUUAGAUUUUACUUCCCAGCAAUAAUCUAUUUUUGUUUUUAAGAAUGGUGUUGAGAAAGCUGUAAUUUUUGCUUUGGCAUGUGGCAACUUCUCUCAGACAAACUCGGAUUUGCUAUCUUUUUGUUUGUUUGUUUGCUUGUUUGUUUGUUUUUGUUUGUACAAAAUGUACAAUUUAGUUUCUUUGGCAUUAUUUAUUAAUAUCCAUAUCAGCAUCAUUCAGUUCAAUAUUCACAGUAAUUACUAUCUCAAGAUUUCACAAUAAAACCAGAAAAAAAUUAUAUUGAAAAUAUUAUGAUCAUCACCUCUGGAAGGCUUUCUCUCUCUCUCUCUCUCUCUCUC